ACACACACACCACACUGUUAUUUUAUUCUAUUCUAUUCUACAAAAAACACACGUUGCAGUGAGGUGAAUGUGAUUGAUUCCCAAAUCUGAAAACCCUAGUAACCACUUUCACUUCCCACACAACAAUGGUGAGAAAGAGAAAGCUCGUAACUAAAUCUUCUCAACCAGAGGAACCUCCACUCAAGCAACAUCAACCGGAACCCGAACCGGUUCCCGAACCAGAACCUGAACCGGAGCCAUACAUCCCUACCGACGAAUACGAAGAAGUUGAAGAAGAAGUUGAAUACGAAGAAGUAGAGGAAGAAGAAGAAGUAGAAGAAGAGGAAGAAGAAGAAGAACAAGAAGAAGAAGAAAUUCAAGGUGGUGGAGAGUAUCAAGACGAAGACGAUGAACCGAUUCAGAAGCUUAUAGAACCUUUCACAAAAGAACAGAUCGCGAGUCUUCUUUGUGAAGCUGCUUCUAAGCAUCGUGAUGUUGCUGAUCGGAUCAGGAAAAUUGCUGAUGGAGAUGCGUCGCAUCGGAAAAUCUUUGUUCAUGGUUUGGGAUGGGAUACAACUUCAGCAACCCUAAUUAAUGCUUUUUCACAGUACGGUGAAAUUGAGGAUUGUAAAGCGGUUACUGAUAAGGUUUCUGGCAAAUCUAAGGGUUAUGGAUUUAUUCUCUUUAAGAGAAGAAGUGGUGCAAGAAAUGCGUUGAAGGAGCCACAGAAGAAGAUUGGGAAUAGAAUGACGGCGUGCCAGCUGGCUUCUAUUGGUCCUGUGCAGCAAACUCCGCAGCCAGUGCCACAGUUGGUUCCGCAAGGCUCGGAGUAUACACAGAGGAAGAUUUAUGUUAGUAAUGUUGGUCCUGAUCUGGAUGGGUCGAAGCUGUUUGGUUUUUUCUCGAGGUUUGGAGAGAUUGAGGAAGGGCCUUUAGGGCUUGAUAAGGUGACUGGAAAGCCGAAAGGGUUUUGUUUGUUUGUUUAUAAGAGUGCUGAGAGUGCGAGGAGGGCGUUGGAGGAGCCUCAUAAGGAAUUUGAGGGACAUAUUUUGCAUUGUCAGAGGGCAAUUGAUGGUCCUAAGGUUGUGAAGACACAACAACAUCAGCAGUCGUUGCCGCAGCAACAUGUGAAUCCAUUGAAUCAAUUGAAUCCAUUGACUCAGAGGACACAAUAUCAGAGAAAUGACAAUGUUGGAUAUGUUGGUGGUAGUAGUCUUGCAGUUAGCCAACCAGGAGGGCAUUUAAUGGCACCAACAGGACCAGCAGCCGGGUACAAUCAGGCGGCUGCCUCUGGGCUGAACCCGGUGCUAACUCCUGCUCUUGGACAGGCGUUGACGGCACUGCUUGCGUCUCAGGGUGCUACUUUGGGGCUGUCUAAUUUGUUAGGGAGUCUUGGAACAAGUAGUGGGGUUAAUCCAGGUAUUCCUGCUGCGGGACAUGGAGUUCAGAAUGGAUACGGUGCUCAGCCUACUAUAAGUUCAUCAGUUAUGGGAGCAUAUGGGAAUACAUUGCCACAGGCUGGGUUGCUGCAAUACCCGAACCAGCAGAUUGGACAAGGUGGUUCUGGAAGAGGCCAAUAUGGUGGUGCUGCACCUUACACGGGGCACUAGGUGGCAGAUUCAACAUAAGUGCAUCAGUCUUUUAUUACUGGCAUGGUGAUUCUUCUGAAGUUUAAGGAGCUGAUUCAAUUGGCGUGUUUUAAAUGAAAUAUAUAACUUAGUACAAUGAUCAGAUUUAAUUAUCAAACAGUGUUCUGUUUUCACUGCCUACUUUUUCAUCUUUUCUUCCAUUUCAAAACAUUGUAUUAAAUCGACUUUUAGUUUAUCUUCUAAAAACGUAUGGAGCUAUUUUUAGUAGUACUUUGAACCUAUAGUUUUAUCUGUUCUAUGGUUUGGUAUGUUGAACAAAUUAUAUUUUUAAUUUUAUGUUUGUGUGGACCAUUAUGCCUCAUAAGCUUGGUGUUCAAGAGCUGCUUGCCAUUGUUUUAUGUUA